CAUCUCCCGGUGUGAGUCUGCGCGCUGCCAUCUCCCGGUGUGAGUCUGCGUUGUGCCGUCUCCCGUGUUGACUUUCGAACGUUCGGUUUGCGCUGUGAGCUGCGUCACUGUUGCGGUUUGUCUGCCUUGUGGAAGUUCAGGAAAGUGGUGAAGAUUUGAAAGGUGCGAGGGCUGAGUCUGUGCGAGAACCAUGGAAAACAAAUUACUGAAGAGUUUCCUCUUACUGUCUCUUUGUUCAGUGGUCUCGGCUCUUUUGUGUUAUGAAUGCAAUAGUGACAACGAUGCGGAGUGUUCCCCUAAGGACUGUUCCUCGCAAGAAGAUGCCUGCCUCAAUGUUACCGUAAGACCAACAAACCAGCUGUUCCGCCGCUGUUGGACUGAUCUGCGAUGUCACAUCAGGGCAGUGCAGGCAGAGUUCAGUAAGGGUGCGGACAUCAGCUUCGUCUGCUGUAACUGGGACCUCUGCAACUCCAAGACAGGUGGGACCCCCAGAACAGAUGCAAACUCCUUCCGACUGGGCAUCCUGGCUGCUUUUGUUGGCCUUCAUCAUUUCUUAUUCUAAAACCAGAAGAUUGAGAGACCUCUGGGCAAGAAAAACAAAUUUGCUGAGGGCCACAGGCACAGUCUAUUUCCUUGUAAUGAGUGUCCUGAAUCUGCUCGACUUCCACAUAACACUCGUUAAACCGUCAUGCUGUAACAGUAAUUCCCCUUAACCUCAUUUGCCAGCUGAUUUUCUUCUAUCUGAUAAACUAACCCGAGGAGAGGAGGUCACUGUACCCCGUUCUUCCAAAUCGGAGAGCUGAAUACAUGUGCUUGCCCUAAGGAACCCCGCACUCUGCUCCCCUGCAUUAGUGGAAUCUGAAUCAGCCACUGCCAGCUCUGAAAGAACUGCAUUGGUAUUUAAGACGCUGCUGCAGCUCUUUCUUUCAAAAUUGUAACAUAACCUGUAGCUGUUGCCAGGCUUGGCUACUGUUGUACAUGGCACCCGUAUAGCCUGGAGACAGGCUUGUGCCAGUGGGUUGAUGUCCAACAUUUACUUUAUCUUGCACGAAGUGGGUGGCUUUGUUAGCUAAUAACUAGCAGACAGGAUUAAGGCAGGCUGUCCCUGGGAGUGAAUAAGUCUUAUCUUCAUCCUGUCCGCUAUAAGUCUAAGAAACAGUUAAUUGAGGGCUCAGUACUUUAUCAGUAUUACUGAGAUGAAAUAGUUAUGUAUGUUGAAUGAACCACCAAGCUGAUGCUUUUGUACUUUGCAUUUUGCAACUUAUUUUAGUUCUUCAAUAAAAGCCUUUUUGUGAGAGGA